GUUUUUUCAAAAGCAAAUCAUGCUUCUUUGUCCCAAACUUAGGGGAGUAGUAGAUAAUUCUGUUACCUGGGUCAGAUGAAAAAGACAGAAACAAUGGAGAAGAAAUACAUGAAUAUAUGAGGGGAGUUGAAACACGUCACCGGGCAAGUUGGACCUUAGAUGUAUCCAUCUAUCUGUCCACCCCGAUAACUAAUUCUCUUCACACAGAGAUCCACCCACUGCGAGUUUUGGUAGCAGCUCUUCUCUUCUUCACACCAAUGUCCUCCUCCUCUUUACCUCAACAAAACGUCGGGUCCUUGCGCCGCCUGCCACAAACUCGCCGCUGCAAGUCCUCCUGUCGCCGUUCGACCACCUUCUCUUUGCGGGCCUGCCGCCCAACAGCCACGGCGCCAACACUUUCAACCACUACUAAAACUUUGGUCGGUGAGCCCGGCAGCUUGAAGUCAACACGGUCUCACCGAGCCUGGGUGGCGUGCGGCUGCACCACGGUGCUCAUCUCUCUAGCCAAAGGCGUUGCGGUCGCAGCUGCUUCACAUGCCUGGCUCCAGCCCCUUUUGGCCGGAUACAUCGGCUACGUUCUGGCGGACCUCGGCUCCGGUGUCUACCACUGGGGCAUCGACAACUACGGCUCCACCCACACUCCGGUUUUCGGAAACCAAAUAGAAGCGUUUCAGGGGCACCAUCAGUGGCCGUGGACGAUCACGCGGCGGGAGUUCGCCAAUAAUCUGCACGCCCUGGCCAGAGCUGUCACAUUCAUUGUUCUGCCAAUUGACCUCUUGAUCUACAAUGGCCACCCGAUUCUCAGCGUCUUUGUAGGAGUCAGCUCCGGCUGCAUUAUGUUCAGCCAGCAGUUCCACGCUUGGGCUCACGGCACAAAAAGCAGACUCCCGCCCAUUGUCGUGGCGCUCCAAGAUGCUGGAGUGCUCGUUUCCCGGUCACAGCACGCGGACCACCACCGCCCGCCCUAUAAUACCAAUUACUGUAUUGUUAGUGGAGUGUGGAAUGAGCUUUUGAAUGAGUUCAAAGUGUUUGAGGCAUUAGAGCUCAUUCUCUUUUUCAAGCUCGGAGUUAAACCGCGGUCCUGGUGCGAACCUGGUUCUGAAUGGACACAACAACAACAACAACAACAACAACAGGGGUAGGGAUCUAGCUCCUUGCUUAAGGUCUAUACACAAUGGAAGAUCCAGAAACAAUUAAGAGCCUUGUGCAAUGUUUGAUAAGUAGCUAGCAAUGGAAUGCGUAAUGUGAUGUAAUCAAAUAUGUUUUCAGUGUAAAUUACACAAAUCCUUAUUUGUUUCCUAAGAGAAUAAUCAGCGAUACAUAUUGUACAUUUUACAUCCUGC